CCAAACAUGGCGUUGAAGUACUACUACGAUUUGAUGUCUCAGCCUUCUCGAGCUGUAUAUAUCUUUUUAAAGAUGACAAACAUUCCAUUUGUACCAAAACCAGUUGCACUUAGGAGCGGAGAACAUCAUACAGAUGAAUACAAGAAGUUAAAUCCCCUCAGUCUUGUGCCUGUUAUUGAUGAUGAUGGAUUUGUGCUGACUGAGAGUGUUGCCAUCCUGAAGUAUCUGGCAGUAAAGUACAAUGUAGCUGACCACUGGUAUCCACGGACUGACCUCCAGGCUCAGGCCAGGGUCGAUGAAUACAUGAACUAUCAGCACAUGAACACUCGCUACAAUGGUGGCAUGAUCUUUCAACAGCUGGUAAUUAUACCAAGGGCAAUGCGAGCUAAAAUACAAUGGCCAAUGGUAGAAAAUGCCAGGAACAGAUUAGAAAAUGUUGUGUCCCAUCUGGAAAAUUAUUUCCUGAAAGAUAAUAAACCCUACUUGUGUGGAUCUGACAUUUCUCUAGCUGACCUUCUGGGUAUCUGUGAGCUGAUGCAGCUGUAUGCUUGCUGUGAAGAGAACAUUUAUGAGUCAAAUCCUGUCGUAAAAGCUUGGGUAGAUCGCGUGAUGGCAAGAACCGCGCCGCAUUUUGAAGAAGCAAACAAAAUAGUAAACAGAUCUAGGAGUGUCUAUUCCAAGCAGAAGAAAGCACAAGAGAAUGCAAAAUUAUAAAGAGAUUUCUAUCGAUGUACGAUGAAACCCAUCCUCAAAAUUUUGGUUACAUAUGGUAGUUGCAACAUGGAAUAUGUCACGGCAAAAUUGAAAGCAUAAGACUAGCCAUUUGAUUGGUUUCCAGUGACAAAACUGACCAAUCACUAGGCUAUUACUUGUCCUUUGUAGAUUCGUUAACAGAGAAGUGUCACCUGAUUGAAGCAAGUCAAUUAUAUUGUUAUGUUUGUGUAUGAUUCUAUAUAUGUACAUCAAACAAUCCAACUAAUCUUCUUUUAUCAUCUACAAGAUGGCCCACACUGAGCCUUCAAUUUUGUCAAGUUGUAUUCCAGGGGUUCAAAGGGCAUAACCCCUAGAAUUUCGAGGAUGAGUAAAAACAGAAUUUAAAUGACAUCAAUUGAGGUUACAAUGCAUUUUCUAAUUUUAUGGUGCAUUAGUAACACCAGGCCUAGUGAAAAAAAUAACAAUCAUAAAUAAGAAUAAUUGUUUACAAAAAGAAUUAAUUGAUGAUAGGAAAUGUUGUUAAUGGGACUUGAAUAGAGUUUAGGACAUAAACACAAUUUCAACAAUAAAUAUAUAUAUAAGUAAUCAGGUAUGUAAUUGGUGUCUAGUUUUACUCGAGUUACUAAUAUAUUGAAAGUGAAAACAGUGGCUUGUGCUAGAAUCUAUGAGAACGAUUUAAAUCUGUGUACCUUAAUGGGUAAUCAAGACGUUCAUAUGUACAAAAUGUACUUGAGUUGAGAUUUAUAGAAAUUGAUUUAAUGGAAUUUGAUUCUCCAUUUAAAAGAAUUAUUUUAAUGUUUUAUAUUCUCCCAUGUAAGUUUAUAUAUACAUGUUGUGUAUGUAAACAUAAACAUAAAACCAAGCAAUAAAUGUAUGUGUUAAUAUAUGAGUGUUGAUAAGGUAGGUAGGGUGGGGGUGCCCUAAGUUCAACCCCUGUCCCCUACUACCCCAAACAAAUGAGGGCUGUCAUUCAACAUACCAUACAUAGCUUUCAUUCAUAUAGUCAGAAUGAAUUUGCUUGUUGAAUCAAAUUCUUGGACACUGUAUAGGAAGAAAAGAAAUAGAAUAGAUGCUACCUUAAUACUUCUUAAAAGUACUGUAUAUCCUUUUUUAAUUAAUCAGAAAUAUGACAUGCUUGAGAUUUUCAGUUUUUCACAAUCAUCAGCCUUAUCAAUCAUCCUAAAAGCUUAAAUGAUUUUGUUAUUAAAAUGAUAAUCAGAUUUUUUAGCAGCACUUUCCUUUUAUAACAAACUUGUGUCCAUUAAAAAGGUUUGAGGAGAAAGUUUUUAAAUAAGUUCAUAAUUUUUAUCAGAUGCAUUAUUUCAAAAAUAAAAAACUGUUUUCUGUAAUUUUUAUUAAAAAAAAAUGAAAACUGGAGCUGUUUUUCAGUAAGUCUGAUUAA